GGUUCAGUGAUUAUCAUGGGUUAUAAAAUUGUAUCUGUUCUCGCAUCUGUUGUGGCUUUUUCCUCAUGGAGCUAUUAUUUUCCAGUGGAUAAACCAACAGAUCAAAGGAUGGUUCAUUUUCCAUCGCAMAUGCAGCCAAUAAAAAAGAUGGAAAAUAGGGAAAGGAAAUUGAAAGAGCAGCAGACGAUUGUAGUUGUAAAGCAGAAAGAYUUCAAAGCAGAACCUGUUAUAGACGUGACGAUGCCACAUCCCUCAGAAAAACUCUGUUUCACAUCUACAGUCUCCACGUUGAGUGGAUCCUUCCCUCUUGGCACAGUGUUCACCAUUCUUCUGAUUCACAUGUGUGGAGCUGAUUUGGUGGCAGCUGUGUCUGCAGGGAUUCUCCACCUGUUCUCCAUCAAUGUCUUCAUCGACUUGGUGUUUGGGGUGAUCACUCUUUACCACAURAACAAGAUGAAGCGUGAGAGAGAAGAAUUGGUGAAGACGAACUCUGAGCUUCAGAGGAAGCUCCAGGUGACGGAGCAGGACWGCAGGGAUKAAGCUGCUACGCUGCAGGAAGUGAAGAACAAACUGAAGACAUGGAUGCAUCACAUCAGAGUCACAGCGGAGGACAUGGAGGCUGAGACAGAAGAAACCAAACUGAAGCUUCAGGCUCAGAAGGAGAAAGUGACCAUUUUUAACCAAUCUGASUAUAUGAAGAUGGUGGGGGAUGAAAUGCAGGUGGAAACUGGACAAGACUAAGAAAAGAUGAUACAAACAUUAAAAAUGAGAGUUUUUUUAUCUACAGAGGGAGGGUAAUUGGUUCAGACAGUCAACACAGAAAAUAUUCAUAUUAAUAUUGUAAAGAGU